UGAAAGAGAUUGUCUCAUCAGUAACCAAUGACACAUUGAAUUAUAUCACCUAUGAAGGACUUAUAUAUACUUGGUGCAUGAUACUUCUUCCUAAGCAACAAAUUUGAGUGCACAUUUAAACUCAUAUGUCAAGAUUACCACCCAUCCAGUGCAAACAAUCCUAGUCAGAAAAGAAUGGCUUCUUUUUCAGUGGAAGAAUUCAUAGGAAAUGGAACUUUGAAGGAUCUGCUCCAGAAGUUGUUGGAAGAAGGUUGGGAUGAUGUGCCAACCCUGAAGGUUAUGAGUUCAGAGGACAUGGAUUCACUACACAUGACACAAAAGCAAAAGGAUGCACUUGGAAUCCGGUCCUACCUGCAUGAUCAUAGGUUGAUGCAAUAUGCAGAUAACAUGGAGAACAGUGGGAAAAGUCUGCAAGAGAUUCUUAAAUUAAGCACUACAGAUCUUGCUGAUGAGUUUGAAAUGAAAAGAGGCCACAUUGCGCGUUUUAUAAACAAAACAAGACGUAAUGAUUCUUUUAAAUUACCUCCAAUUCCUGCUAGAAGAAGAACCAGCAUGAUGUAUAGAGAUGAUAGCAUCCGCAACAGUCAUGGAUUGAAUAGCUCUGGUAGCUCGGUGAGGUCACAUGUAAGAAGUAAUGCAGGUUCUGAUAGAACAUCAUCACUUGAGCAAUCAAUGGUUGAUUUGAGGAUUAAAGAUGGACAUGUCUUUAAAGGGAUUGUAGCUUCUGAGCCAGCUGAGCCUAGGGCAUGUGGCUGUGUGAAACCACCACCUGUGAUUGACCAAGUUGCUGCAUAUAGUGCUGUUGAAAAUAUCUCAGUUCAGAAACUAACUCCGGAGUAUAAGAUUGGCAUGGAACCACUGGUGAAAAUCAAGGCACCCCCACUGAAGGCUUCAGAACUAUGGCUAGAUAAACCAGCUGUUUUCUUGUGUCUCCGAAGACCAGGGUGCAUCAUGUGCAGAGCUGAAGCACACCGGCUAUAUUCCAGAAAACCCAUAUUUGAUUCACUUGGGGUUCAGCUAUUUGCAGUUCUUCAUGAGGACAGAGAGUCAGAGGUAAGAGAUUUCUGGCCUCGAUACUGGGGUGGUGUUGUGCUUCUCGAUCCGGCUCGGGACUUCUAUAAGGCUCUUGGAUGGGGAAAACUACAGAAGGAGAGUUUCCUAUCAGGAUUUUUUCUGAAUCCUCGAGCAAUUUCGAACUACAAACGUGCAAAAUCCAUGGACAUUGAAUAUAAUUUCAAAGGAGAAGGUGAAAUAAAGGGUGGACUCUUCAUAAUAGGGAGUGGAAAGACUGGCAUUGCUUACCAGUUUAUAGAGAGGAACUUUGGCGAUUGGGCACCUCUAGCUGAAGUCAUAGAAAUCUGUACUCAACUGCAGAACCAACAAGAAGGUCAAAGGGAUAGUGUGAUGUACUGAAAGGAUUCCAAUGAAUAUAUUGGAUAUGCAUUCAGUCAUUCACUAAAAUUCAAUUCCUUGUAAUCCAUCUCCAGCACAAUCAGCAUACAACUUCUUUGCAAUAGUAUAAGUAUUAGCUCUUGCAGACUAAAUUGAUAAAACUCUUAUGUGUUUUCAAUAUAUAAAUCUUCCCCUUAAUAUUCCUUAAGGAGUUUUAGCUAUCUACUGUGUACUUAUCACUCAAUUAUUGGGCACAUUAGAAGAGUUUUGAGUUAUGAAUAA